AUGGAUAAAGAUAUGGCAAUGCAAUACAGGGAAGUGAAGCAGGAGGAUGAUAGUGAAACAAGCUCUGUACACAGUGAUAGUGAACAAAACAUAAAUGAAUCUCUCUCACUGGUAGAAAAACAAGUACAGCAGGUAGAUCUGAAAGAUGAGAGUUUUAUGUUGUUAAAUCCAUCCCAGAUAAAGAAAGAAAAGUUAGAUUCUGAAGAGGAAGACAGAGAUCAGGGAAAUGACACAGAACAAAUAGCACAAUCACAAGUCGAUUGGUAUGCUUUGUUGAACGGCAUUAGUAUGCACAUACAGACACAGGCCAAAAAUUUGAGUGAACAUAUCAAAUCCCAAAGUGAACAAAUCAAAUCACAAAGUGAACAUCUUAAAAUUCAAACAAAACAACAGCUUCAAAGGCAAACUAAGCAAAUUAAAUUUCAGAAUGAACAGCUCAAAGAACACACAAAACAACAAUUUAAAGAACACACAAAACAAGUAGAUACACAGCUUAAAAAACAAACUGAACAUAUAGAAAAGGUACAUAAUAAAAUAGGAUUUCUUACUGAGGAAUUAAUAAAUAUGAAAAGUAACAUUAAGGAUCUGAAGGAAGAUGUUAGUAACAUUCAAACUGAAAUCGUUGAAAUCAAUGCUAGGUUUGAAACAGAAGUAGAGAAAAUACAAGAGCAGGUCGAACCUAUGGUUAAAGCUGAAGUGAAAAAGGAGGUUUCACAAGCGAAGGAAACCAUCAUUCAGAGGAAUAAAGAACAGAUAUCUCAACUGAGAAAUAGUGUCCAAGAAACUGAAAAAAGGGCUAAAGAAACAGGUAGAACUUUGCCAGGCAAAAUGCUGUAUAACGCGACUUGCAUUCAGAAGAAGGUUACCAACCUUGAAAAUCAAAUUAAGAACAACAUCUCUUACGUAGUAAAUGGAGUAAAUCAUAGCAAAGUAUUGGAGGGCAAAUAA